AUUUAUCUCCCUUCGCUGGUCAAGCGGAAGUUAGUAUUUUCUGCCAAAAAAGUCCACUGUCUUUCUGCAGUCUGUCAUAAACCGUAUUUUACACCGUAAACUGUGUAAAUGGCAUGAUAUGUGAGGGAGGAUGGGUUACGAGGUGAACAGAUUUGAGGGUGAUGUUGAUGAGGAACUGAUAUGUCCAAUAUGUAGUGGAGUUCUUGAGGAACCAUUGCAGGCCCCAGCAUGUGAACAUGCAUUCUGUGCAUCUUGUAUUCAAGAGUGGUUGACGAGACAACCCACCUGUCCAGUAGACAGGAAUCCUAUCACACCCAACCAGCUUAAACCGGUUCCUCGAAUUCUACGUAAUCUUCUGUCCCGCCUCCACAUUACAUGCGAUAACGCAGGAUAUGGUUGUACGGUGGUUGUGAAACUCGACAUGUUACCCAAUCAUCUAAAUGAGUGUGAGUUUAAUCCAAAGAAACCAGUCCACUGUGACCUGGGUUGUGGACUGGUUGUACCAAAAGAUGAACUCAAGGACCAUAACUGUGUGCGAGAGUUACGCAACCUUGUCAAUCAGCAGACACAGAAAAUGGCAGAGAUGCAGACGGAAAUAGCUGAACAUAAACUUCAAAUAAAUGAGCAGAAACGGGAACUUCAACUCUUAAAGGAAUAUAUGCGCUCUAUGAGGGUAUCCAAUCCUAGGAUGAGAGAAAUUCAGACAGAAAUGGAACAGUCUGACAUUGUUAGAUGGACAAACAGUUUACAAACUGCUCGGGUAACUAGAUGGGGUGGAAUGAUAUCCACUCCCGAUGCUGUGCUUCAGGCUGUGAUAAAACGAUCUCUGAUAGAUAGUGGAUGUCCAUCUCAUAUAGUGAAUGAGCUCAUGGAAAAUGCACACGAACGACGUUGGCCAGCGGGUCUAGCUACGUUAGAAACAAGACAGAUUAAUAGACGACAGUAUGAAAAUUAUGUCACCAAAAGAAUACCGGGUAAACAAGCAGUGGUUGUGACAAGUAUAGAGAAUCAACAUAUGCCAGAAGAUCUGAUCAUGGAACCAGGACUUGUUAUGAUCUUUGCUCAUGGAGUUGAAUAACUAAACUCCUGUAAUAGGACCAAAGCUCAUAUAAUCCCAGCAAGCAUCAACAGAAUACAUAAUCAGCAUCAUGGAACAUCCUACAUCCUACAUCAGUGGUGAGAUAUCAUACUUGCAUCUGUGUAAAACAUGAUAAUACAAAACAUGCCUUCAUUGUGGGAGUAUAUGCCAAAAAGGAAAAUUCCACACACAUACAGAGAUUAGAUAGGACUCCAGCUCCACAAAGAUGACCACAGGAUUUUCUAAGUUGAAGACAAUCUGUUGCAGUUGUGCUGUAUUCCUAGAGUGCAAGAAGUUAUUCAGUUUUAUAUAUUAUUCACCAUUAAAAAUGAGGGUUAAGCUUUGAAUAAGAUUGCUUACUUCCAGUUGUAAGUAUCUUUGAUGAUAAAAAUUCAUUUCUCUUAGGAGUAAGUUCCAAAGAUAAAUUGCUGUUUUUCUGUAAUACAUUACUAUUUUUAGAAGUGUAAUAGUCUGAAUCAAAAUGUUAUUCUAGACAGUGGGAAUUUACCCAUUAAGGAGAUUUUAUAUUUAUAUAAUAGGCAUGACUACUUGACUCCUGAUAUAAGUCGCCGGUCAAUAGCUUGUGCUAUUGGCUGGUUUAUAGUUCAACAGUAAAUUUUGCUGGGUUGAAGUCAAAACUUGAAAGAAAAAAAAAUGAAAAUUUAUUUCUGAUGUCAUGUAAUAAAACACUUAUUGAAUGGUCUCCUGGUCAGUAGUCAAGAUAGUUUACCCUUAGACAAGAGGCGAUAGUUUUGACUAUUGACCAGGAAGCCAUUCAGUAAGUGUAUACUAAUGCAGUUGUUAUAUAUUACACUGUCUGUACUUUCUGCUCAACCUGCUCUUCAACAUUUUCAUAGUGAUGAAAAUGACUUUGUGCAAAGGAUUGGUAUGCUUCAGACAUCAUGUCUAGUAAUCUCCCUUUAUUAUACCCAUUUCUUAUUGACAAGAGUUAUCUUUCUUUUGAAUGAUGGCUUCCUUAGAUUAUAGCUGAAAAAGAACAUUGCAUCCUUACAUUUACAGUAUAUUUGAAAGUGAUAUAUGUAAAUGAGCCGUGCCAUGAGAAAACCAACAUAGUGCGUUUGUGACCAGCAUGGAUCCAGACCAGCCUGCACAUCCACACAGUCUGGUCAGGAUUCAUGCUGUUCGCUUUCAAAGCCUGUUGCGAUUAGAGAUACUGUUAGCUAACAGUAUGGAUCCUGACCAGACUGCCCGGAUGUGCAGGCUGGUCUGGAUCCAUGCUGGCUGCGAAUGCACUAUGUUGUUUUUCUCAUGGUGCAGCUGUUUGAUGUAACUUCUGAGUAGCGCACAUAGUGUCCAGAAAAACUACUUUGCAUACAAUUUAAAAAAAAAAUCUUUUUUAUACAUGUACAUGUAUAUAAAUGUAUAUGAGACACAUUUUAGAAAUCCUUUUGUUUAUAUAGGCUGGAUACAUGCAGACCUCUUGUAUUCAGAUGUUAUGUUUUGCAAUGGAAAGAACAAAUUUAUUUACUUUUGUGAUAUUAUUUCUCUGCUUUUUCUAACAUAAAGCUUUGAGUAAAGAUUAUGUUUGCAAGAGUUGAGAAAUGAUUCAGUGCAGGAAAUAGACAGCAUAUUAUUUUCUUUGUAGCUACAUAAACCAUGUAUAAAAGAAGCACUAUGCUAUUAGCUUCUGUUUGAUAUUCAUAAUUCAGAAAAAUAGUUGCAUUGCCUGUUUCAAGAAAUGUCACUUUGAGAAUCACCUUUUAGUGAUGUUGGGUAUGUGUAAAAUUUUAAGAUAAGUGUGCAAACUAUUUUUAUAAAUUCCAGAAACAUUCAGAUUUUUUUUUCAAAGUAGAUUGUACAUAUAUAUGGAAUAUACUGUGUUGUUUUGUUUUAAAUUUCCAGAAAUAGUCUGUUGUAAGCAUAUAAUUUGUGCAUUUUUUGUGUGUCCAAGGUUAAAAAAGCUGAGUUAGGAGACCAGUCUUAUAUUGCAAUGUUGUCAAUGGUUUAUUUCAAGACUUAGCUAACAAACAACCAGUUAAAUGCUGAAAUAUUGAUAAUGGUCUCAAACUUAAGGAUCUGGAGGCCUGAUAUGAGAAAGUUAGUAACAUGCUUUUUAAAUAGGUACCGACUCUGUAUUAUUUUGAUACAUGAUCAUGUUUUUGUUUCUGGUUUGUUUUUGUUCUCAUCCCAAUCAUGCUAACAAUUUUUGUCAUAUUUAAUGUUUUAAGUGUAUAUUCUGUUUAAAACUUGUGUGUAAAUGAUGUGAGUUUUUUUUGUAUGCUGUAUGAUAUAAAUAAUAACUAAACCUAGUGCUUGAUAAAAAAUGAAUUUUUUUAUACAGGGUUUCAGUGUUUUGACUUGGAUGAUUUAUUUCUUAAAUACGUUGUAUUUUUUCUCCUGAGAAGUGGGGAGAUACAUAAAUUUUACAUUGUCUUUUAUUUUUUGUCAGUCUGCAAAAAAACUUUGUCCAGACUUCACCUCUGGAAGUUUUGGUGCGAUUUCAACCAAACUUUGUAGGGAUGCUCAGUACCAUGUUUUUAUGCCCCUGCCAUGUCUGUCCAUUUGUUCGAGAUUUAACCAUUUCACCUAUAGCCCACAUUAAAGGCACUCACCUCCAGAUUUAGGCUAAAAAUGAUCUUUCUUUGAAAUUGAAGUUUGGUCAUAUUAUUUGAUAGGAGUUUUUGUUUCUAAACUAUUUAAAAAAAUGCCAAAUCAAGAAAUAAAAGAUGCCCACGUGUUGAAUCAAACUUUCUGCUGUCUCUACUAAUACCACCACGAAGAAUUAUGUUUUCAACAUGCAUUAACUAUAGAUAUUUAUAAUUAAGACACUUUACCUUCUAGAAAAGCGUUGCAAACUCUUUUCAAUUUUCAUUGUAAAAUGUAGUAAAACCAAUUAAAUCUCAUGUGUUUCCAUAACAUACAGUUUGUCAGUAAUUAAGUUUCAAAGCUUU